CCCACACUGCAAUAUAGUGAAGUCAUAGUAUACGCAGUACUUGGCAAGUUCAACCUUCUCAAAUACUCACGACACAAGAUACUCACCAAACUAUGGACAAACCCCAUUCACCAUGAGAUAGUAGUAAAACAUUUCAAAGUUCUCCAUGGUCAGGAGGAGAUUAUCAGACUCAAUGUUGAAAUUUGCCAGUUGCAAGCAUGGGUUGAUACUGAGGAUGGUGAUAUGAAACAAGCGGCUGCAGAUCUUGAGUCAACAAAUGACCUACUUGCAGCUGAAUUGCAUGUGUUAGCUCAUUGUCAGCACAGAAUCAACACUGUACACCAUGAUUGCCUCAUACACAUCUACUGCCUGGAAGGAUACACUGGUCACCGCCCAUCACUAGCUCAGAUGAGGGCAAUUCCUUAG